CUUUUUGGGCAGGCGCGCCGCGGGCAAGCAGGGGUAGAAGUUGCUGGGUUGUCUAGGUGGCAGGGGGGAGAAAAAAAGAACAACGAACUUGUCUCUGGAAACUUGACGGCUCCCAACAAAACCAACAUGACUUCGACGAACAUGUUUCAAGGCUUGGGUACAGACUCAAAACCAAGCUCCAGGGUUCUGCGGCCUCCUGGCGGUGGCUCCAGUGACCUCUUUGGUGGCUAUGAAGAUGAUUCAGCACCGUCAAGAAGACCUAAUAAGAUGGCCUCCAAAGUGUUCGCUCCACCAGAAGAGCCUCAGAGUGUUUCCAGACGCUCCAAUCCUCCAGGCGGGAAGAGCAGCGGGAUAUUUGGUGAAGCUGAAGCUCCAGUUCAACCACAGAGACCUGCGCCUCCCGGUGGAGCAAGCAGCGGCAUUUUUGGGUCUGCAGAGAGUGUGCCUGCUCAAAGCCCAUGCAAAAGCCACCCAAAUAAACCAAAGGACAAUCUAACUGUGAGACCGGAACCUGAGUCACCAGCUCCUGAAGCCAAAGUCAGCCAACCAGAGGUGAAGGAGGAGGCUGCUCCCCCGGCUCCUGUUCCAGCCAAGGAGGAGCCUGCAGCCGUCUCCCCGCCUCCACAGCCCAAACCACCCACUACAGCACCCGACGAGGAGCUGAUGAAGAGCCACGAGCCUCACCUGGGACCCAAGCCUCGCUCUCACAACCGGGUCCUCAACCCCCCAGGAGGAAAGUCCAGUGUGGUUUUCUACUGACCAGCUGAGCGCACACCUGUCGAAACUCUCGUUUUUGUUGUUGUUGUUUUGUUUCUCUGCUAAUUUUCUCUCAUUCCUUCUCUACACUCCUGACGUCACCUGCACAAUACAUGCAGACUGUUCAGAUCCUGGUUUGUUUCGUCCUCAACAUUUUGCACUUUUCACUUGUUUUGGUUAUUGUAAAUCCUCCUCAUUGAAGCCUGCAGUGAUGCAAUCACCUCAAAGUCAAUCAGCUGMCUAAUUAUUUACUAAUCUCUACCUGUGAUGCUGUUUAGUCACAGUUGUCACUGUCAUGCACGAAUGAAUUUAAAMAACGGUUGUGAUGUUGGAGCUAGUCUUAUUUUCAGCUUUAAAUGGACCUAAAACCCAAUGAUGGAUUCGGAAAAGUUAAUCUUGUGCUGCCAGAAUCUUAUUGAAAAUGAAACCAAAAGCUGCAUAAUCUGUAUGAAAGUUUUACACUUGUAUGAUCAGAAGCCUUAAAAGCUUAGCAUGUAACGUUCUUUUGCCUUAUCAUUAACAUAUUUAACAAAUAUCGCUGUUCGAGGACAAUCUGAUCAAGAACCAAAAAAGAAAUGAAACGAAGAUGGACACAAUCACUGACUUCCCAAAUGUCUCAAAACAAUUCCGUGUUGGUUUUAUGUGAAUGUAUUGUGCAGGGAGUUUUCUGCCUCGUCCUCAUCGUUUGCAGUGCCUGAGAACAUGCCUUUUUUUUCUGUUUGCUUGGGGUAGGCCUCUGUUUAUGUUUUAAAUUAAAACGGCUGAAAACGAGUAAACUGUGGACAAGCUCGCGGCCUACCUGAGUGCAAGUGGGGCUCAUCAAUAAUUGCUUUUUUUUCCCGCCCGCAUCGUUAUGCACAUCCGAGGUAUCCUGAUGCCAGCCUGCCCCSCUUCUUUGUGCUGCAGUGUCUGACGAGCAGUGAGCGCAGCAGGAGAAUGAAAUCCAGAGUACUGCAAUAAAAAAUGGUUGUUUUGCAUUUAAA